CACAGAGACAGAGUAGCCCAUAGGCCAAACCACUCUACCAAGGACAGCCCAAGAGCUGGUCUAGCCUGGCAGCCUUUUCCCUCGGGUAGUAGAGGCUGCCCCUUUGAUAGGGAGUUUGUGGUCAGAGAGUGGGCCCUUGGGGGUUUUGGACUGUCACAGGGACUCCAGAAAGCCACGCAGAGCCUUGGGCCAUGAAGGACUACUCAGAUGUCAUCCUCUGCGUGGAGGCAACAGAAUCAAGCAAGACCGAGUUCUGCAAUCCUGCCUUUGAGCCUGAGUCUGGGCCACCCUGCCUUCCCCCAGUCUUCCCAGAGGAUGCCAGCUACAGCGUCCCAGCUCCCUGGCACGGUCGGCGUCCUCGAGGGCUACGGCCAGACUGCCGCUUCUCCUGGCUCUGUGUCCUCCUGCUCUCCAGCCUGCUGCUCCUGCUGCUCGGGCUGCUGGUGGCCAUCAUCCUGGCCCAGCUGCAGGCUGCACCCCCAUCUGGGGCCUCCCAUAGCCCACUGCCUGCCGGAGGCCUUACCACGACCACCACCACCCCCACCAUCACCACCUCUCAGGCAGCUGGGACCCCUAAAGGGCAACAGGAGUCAAGCGUGAGCCCCUCCCCACAGUCCACCUGUGGAGGCCUCCUCUCUGGCCCAAGGGGCUUCUUCAGCAGCCCUAACUACCCAGACCCUUACCCCCCCAAUGCCCACUGCGUGUGGCACAUCCAGGUGGCCACAGACCAUGCAAUACAGCUCAAGAUCGAAGCCCUCAGCAUAGAGAGUGUGGCCUCUUGCCUUUUUGAUCGCUUGGAAAUCUCCCCUGAGCCUGAAGGCCCCCUCCUCAGGGUUUGUGGAAGGGUGCCUCCCCCCACGCUCAACACCAAUGCCAGCCACCUCCUGGUGGUCUUCAUCUCAGACAGCAGUGUGGAAGGAUUUGGUUUCCAUGCCUGGUACCAGGCUGUGGCCCCUGGGCAUGGGAGCUGUGCCCAUGAUGAGUUCCGCUGUGACCAGCUCAUCUGUCUGCUACCUGACUCAGUGUGUGAUGGUUUUGCCAACUGUGCUGACGGCAGUGAUGAGACCAAUUGCAGUGCCAAGUUCUUGGGGUGUGGGGGGAAUCUGACUGGGCUCCAGGGCACUUUCUCUACUCCCAACUACCUGCAGCAGUACCCUCACCAACAGCUCUGCACCUGGCAUAUCUCGGUGCCUGCCGGACACAGCAUAGAACUACAGUUCCACAACUUCAGCCUGGAGGCUCAGGACGAGUGCAAGUUUGACUACGUGGAGGUGUAUGAGGCCAGCAGCUCAGGCGCCUUCAGCCUCCUGGGCAGGUUCUGUGGAGCAGAGCCACCCCCCAACCUCGUCUCCUCGCACCAUGAGCUGGCUGUGCUCUUUAGGACAGAUCAUGGCAUCAGCAGUGGAGGUUUCUCAGCCACCUACCUGGCCUUCAAUGCCACGGAGAAUCCCUGUGGGCCCAGUGAGCUCUCCUGCCAGGCAGGAGGGUGUAAGGGUGUGCAGUGGAUGUGUGACAUGUGGAGAGACUGCACCGAUGGCAGCGAUGACAACUGCAGCGGCCCCUUGUUCCCACCCCCAGAGCUGGCCUGUGAGCCUGUCCAGGUGGAGAUGUGCCUCGGUCUGAGCUACAACACCACGGCCUUCCCUAACAUCUGGGUGGGCAUGACCACCCAGGAGGAGGUGGUAGAGGUCCUCAGCGGUUACAAGAGCCUGACAAGCCUGCCCUGCUACCAGAAUUUCCGGAGGCUCCUGUGUGGGCUGCUUGUGCCCCAUUGCACCCCACUAGGCAGUGUUCUGCCCCCUUGCCGCUCUGUCUGCCAGGAAGCAGAGCACCAGUGCCAGUCUGGCCUGGCACUACUGGGCACCCCCUGGCCCUUCAACUGCAACAGGCUGCCAGAGGCAGCUGGCCUGGAAGCUUGUGCUCAGCCCUGACCCUGAAGCCG